AUGGCGGAAAUGGCGCAGCGGAUACUUAUGAAUGAGUUCAAGCAGCUCAGCAAGGAGAAGUGGACAAACAUCGAGCUCAUCAACGAGAACGUCUUUGAGUGGAGUGUCGCCCUGAUAGUCAUGAACGAAGAGUCCAUGUACUACGGCGGCUACUUCAAGGCCAAGAUGACCUUCCCUCGCAACUACCCGCAUAGCCCGCCAGAUUUCAAGUUCAUCCGCCCGCUCUACCACCCCAACAUUUACCCCGACGGCCGCCUAUGUAUCUCCAUCCUCCACCCACCCGGCGAUGACGAGAUGUCCGGCGAGACUGCCGCCGAGCGCUGGUCACCCGUGCAGCGUGUCGAGACGGUCCUGAUAUCCAUCCUCUCUCUGCUGGACGAUGCCGAGGUUUCCUCACCCGCUAACGUCGACGCGGGAGUCAUGCUGCGCAACAAGCCGGACCAGUACAAAGAGAUGGUCAAGAAGGAUCUCGAGCUGUCAAAGGCGGACAUCCCCACGGACUUUGUCAUGCCAACGCACGAAACAGCGUGGAAGAAAGAGAAGGACGAGGGCGAGUUUGACAUGAGCUGGGAAGACAGCGAUGCCGAGAGCCUGGACUUUGGUGGCAGCGAGAGCGAUCCGGACGAGGACCAAGAAAUGGAUUCCGACUUCGACGGCGAUGAAGAUGAUGCUGAAGAUGAUGAGGACGCCGAUACCCCCAUGAAGCGCUAG